AUGCCGUCGAAGAAAAAGAGCGGAAGAAAAGCUGCUUUCGUUCGCGCGACGACGCAAAGCAGAGCACCGGCGAUUUCCAACCCGGACGUGGUCCGAGACGUCGUGAAAUCCAUGGACGACAUCGAAGACGAAACGGGGGAAAAGAUUAGUAAUUUAGAGGCUGUCGUUCUCGACUAUUCUUUGGGAUACACGGAAAAGUUGUUAAAAAUCAACCAAUUUUUCAAAUCCAAUCCUCUCGAGUUAGCCGCACGAUGUGGGGAAGUCAUCGCGCAAUUUUCAUCCGUUCUUGCAAUUUGGAAGUACGAAGAUGCGAUGGACAUCCCGUUGGAGAAAAGAACGCGGGCGGGGAAGUUGAGAGACGUGGUGGCGAAGCUCGGUCCGGUGUUCGUGAAGUUGGCGCAGACCUUGUCGACGAGGCCGGAUAUUAUCGGGGAGGAAGUCGCGGACGCGUUGAUGACGUUGCAGCAAGACGUGAAGCAGUUUGAUUCUGAGGUGGCGUUUCAGACGAUACGGGAAGAGUUGAUUAAUAGAGGGAGUUUGAGGUUUAUUAAGGACAUCGUCGGAGGCGAUCCGGAGACGAGUUUGUAUUCGGAGUUUAAGGAAAAGCCAAUCGCGGCGGCAUCGAUUGGUCAGGUGUACGAGGCGCGGUUACACGACGCGCAAAAGACGAAAGUGGCGGUGAAGGUGCAAAGACCUGGGAUGGUACGAAGAAUCGCGUUAGAUUGUACGGUGAUUCGAUUACUGUUGACGUGGUUGGAAGAAUCCGGCGCGAACGGGAGCGAGGAUUUGCCGUUUAUCAUAGACGAAGUCGGCGCUGGGAUUUUUAGAGAGUUGGAUUACACCUUAGAAGCGAGGAACGCGAAAGCGUUCAAAAGAUCGUUGAAGUUUUUACCGUACGUGAAAAUUCCUCGCUCGUGGGAUAACUUGACCUCCACGAGAGUUUUGACGCAAGAGUUCAUCAGCGGGAGACCGAUGAAGAAAUUAAACCUGGACGAGCAAAGAAAAAUGGUUCGCAUGGGUGUCGAGUGCUCGUCCGCGCAGUUGUUUCGAACCGGAUUAGUCCACGCCGAUCCUCACGAAGGGAACAUGUUGUAUACGGACCAAGGCCAAUUGGCUUUGAUUGAUUUUGGUUUGAUUUGCGAAGUGAACAACGCGCAGCAAGAAGCGAUGGCGUCGUGCAUUUUGAACAUCUUAAACGCGCAGUGGGACGAUUUAAUCGAUAACUUACGCAUCAUGGGUAUGCUCCCCGAUAAAGCGCAAAUUUGGAAAGAUGAAAACGGAAACGUGGCGGAUUACACCUCCGACCCGGGAAAAUGGUACGUCAUCACCGACGAUGAGUUUCGUCGGGCGUUUCGAGAAGCCAUGGACGGACCGGACGGGAUGGAAAAGAAACAAAGGAACAACUUUACAGAGUUAGUCGUCGAUUUGACGAAAAUUUCCACUCAAUAUAGGUUUAACUUACCUCCGUACAUGGUUUUCGUCAUCCGAUCGUUGACGACGCUCGAUUUCUGCGCGGUGAGAACCGGCGCGAACAUGUACGAAGUCGCCGCGCCGACGGCUCUUUUCCGCGCGUUAUCGCCGCGAACGGCGUACGGUAAACAAGUUUUAGAACGCACCAUUAUGGACGAAGAAACAGGCGACAUCGAUUGGCAAAAGUUCCUGGACCUUUCGAGACAAGCUUCCGGGAACUCGGCCUCGAGCACCGCCUCGGAGUCCGAACGUUCGGACGCGCAAGACUCGGUCGAAAAGCUCGGAGGCGAGUUAUUAAACUCCUCCGCGGGAAGCUCCUUGCGCUCCAUCAUCUACAAAGCCUCUCCGAAAAACUUAACUCCGCCGAAAGAAAUCCAGAAGCAGCUCAUCCAAUUAGCCAUCCAACACUACGCCAAAGUCAUCGCCGAAUUCAGCAUCCGCACCGCCGUCUCCAACGCCUUCGCCUUCCUCACCAAAGCGAACGGAAUGAGUCAAGGGGAAAACAACGAAGCCGACGAAGAGUGCGAAAUAAACUUCGACGACCCUGACCUCAUUCUCGAUUGCAAAACGCAGUUAGCAAAAAGAAGACAAAAAAUCGGCUUGAUGUUGUUGCGGAAACAGUUGUUUCAAUCCGGCGGUUUGUGGACGUUUACGAAAAUCUUCCUCGCUUUGAUUUGGGCGUUUACGAACGGCGUGUUCUUAGGCUUGAUACGGAAGUUUUUUUCCUCCUCAAACUCCUCCUCCCCAAACUCCUCCUCCUCCUCCUCCGAGGAAAACCGAGGAGAAGAUUCUUCGUUGACGACGACGGCGACGGUCGCCACCACCCCCGCGUAG